GUGCUCUCACCCAUCAUCUCCAACCAUCUCGGGGUGCUCCCACCCAUCAUCUCCAACCAUCUCAGGGUGCUCCCACCCAUCGUCUCCACCACAUUGGGGUGCUCCCAUCCAUCACCUCCAACCAUCUCAGGGUGCUCCCACCACCAUCAUCCCCACCACCAUCAUGGGUGACUCCUACACCACCGCCUUCCCCAGCGCCCCAGGGCUGCUCUCGCCCUCCGCCAGCCCCCAGGCAUCACCUGGCACCUACGGCUCCGACUACGGCCCUUUUGGCCACCCCUUCCCAGCACCCACAGGUGCUCAGGAGGUUCUGGGUGCCCCCGUGGUGGUGACGGCCAAGGGGCACCCAACGGGCGACUGCUUGCCCGGUGUCUACCCCUCGCUGGAGAUGCCUCAUCCCUACGGCUCCUGGUACAAAGGGGGCAUCGGUGGGGGUCUCCCGGGGGGCUCGGGACCAGCAGCCCCAUCUUGGUGGGACGUGCACCCCAACGGGGGUUGGUUGGGUGGGCCAACAGGUGCUGAGGGUCUCCAAGGCUCCCUGCAAGGCCAACCCACCCUUAGCCCCCCACUUCCCACUUAUAGCUCCGAUUUUGGGGCUCUCAACCCCCCACCUUACACCAACAACCCCCCCACGGCCACUCCAAGCCCCAAACCUACCACGGGAGAGACCCCAAAGGGACCUCGCGGUGGUUCCGUAGGUGGGGGGAGACCGGCGUGCGAUUGUCCCAACUGCCAAGAGUUGGAGAGGUUUGGGGGUCCUGGAGGAGCCCGAAGGAAGCCGGUUCAUAGCUGCCACAUUCCGGGGUGCGGGAAGGUUUACGGCAAAGCGUCCCACCUCAAAGCCCACCUGCGUUGGCACACGGGAGAACGUCCCUUCGUCUGCAAUUGGCUCUUCUGCGGCAAACGCUUCACGCGCUCCGAUGAGUUGGAACGGCACGUCCGGACCCACACGAGGGAGAAGAAGUUCACCUGCCUGCUCUGCAGCAAACGUUUCACCCGAAGCGAUCAUCUCAGCAAGCAUCAGAAGACCCACGCUGAAGGUGGCCCUCCAAAAUCCAAUCCCACCGGUCCCGGCAAUGAGCAACCUCCAGCUUCACCUCGACAAGCGCCGGCUUCGCCCGGCAAAGAUGCCGGGAGUCCCGAAGCUGGGAGUUUGUUGGAGAUCUGAGCCUUCAGCCUCCAUCCUCCUCCUCCUCCUCAGGAGAUGUCGUGCUCCAGGCACCGUGGGGGCCUGAGGAGGAGGAGGAGGAGGAGGAUGGAGGUGGUUGCAACACCAGGAAUGACUUGGUGUAGGUGGCACAGGUGGUGACACCACAGUCCUGGAUGUCGUACUAGUGGUCCAGCGAUGUCCUCGUGCCAGAUGUCACCCCGUGCCCUCCCUCCCUUUCCACCCACGACUUGCAGAAGCUCCUCGCAGCCUCCGAUGAGUCGGAACAUCACGUUCAGACCCACACAAGGGAGAAGAAGGUCACCUUCACCCGAAGCGAUCAUCUCAGCGAGCAUCAGAAGACCUGCGCUGAAGGUGGACCCCAAAAAUCCAAUCCCACCGGUCCCGGCAACGAGCAACCUCCAGCUUCACCUUGACAAGCGCCGGCUUCACCCCGUGAAGAUGCGGGGAGUCCCGAAGCUGGGAGUUGAUGGGAGAUCUGAGCCUUCAGCCUCCAUCCUCCUCCUCCUCUUCCUCCUCAGGGCUGCUGGGGAUAUUUAUUAUGGGGUGCUGCUCGCCCCUAAACCCCAAAUCCACGCCCUCCACCUGGGGCUGGUGGCAGCUCCUCGU